AUGGCCUACCCCAACUACAACCAGCAGUUCCCCCACCAGGGCCAGCCUCAGCCUCAGCCUCAGCAGCAGCAGAUACAGCAGCAGCCGCCGCAACCACAGCAACAUCCCCUACAACCACCACAACACCAGCAACAGCAACAGCAGCAUGGCCAGACACAACCGCACCUCCAGCAUCAACCACCGCCCCUACCGCCACAGGUGCAGGUGCAGACGCAGAACCUCAACAUGGCCCACACCCACGCCCAACCCCAGCGCCCCUUCUCGCCCUCGCCUUACCAACACUCGCCUACCAACAUGUCGCCCACUAUGGGCAGUGGCAUUCCCCCAGCGAAGCGACAGCGACUAUCCCCCAAUCCGCCAUCGCCCGCACCCUAUCAGUCGCCUUUUGGAGCGCCCACAUAUCCCCCCUCGCCCUACGCUACAUCCCCCCAGUCAACCCCCUACCCGACCCCCUCUCUCCCAAACUCACCCGCCGCUAUGCAACCACCGCCCUUCCACCAGCCCCAGCCUUACCAGCAUCCAAAUGCUCAGCCUGCCGCGCCACAGGGCUCCAUGCCACCACCAAAGGUGCCCUACAGCAAAACAGGCGACACCUCAGAGCUGGAAAAGGCGAAUGCGCGAGAUCUGGAUGUCAACAACAUCAGCGAUGUGCUCACAGGAUCAGGCAUUGAUUUGCGCGCCGAAGAGGACAAUCUGCUGCUGAGCUACAGGAGCUUCAAUUCGCAAGGAACGGGCACCUCGGGCACCCCACAUGGGAGUUUCAAUUGGAGUCAGCAGGGCAGUCACGGCGCAUUUCAAGGGACUGGGCAAUUGAGUCAGCCCAUGACGCAAGAGCAGCACGAAGCCGAGUUCCUGCGAAAGCAUGAACAGGCCGCCCGCAUACUCAACGAAUCGGCCCAGCAACCGCUCACGGACCCCUUCCUGCAGGCCAAUGUGCUAAGGCACCGCAUCGCCAAACGCGCAUACGAACAUGGAAUCACAGUCAAUGUCGAUGGCUUGUUCGACAAGAUACCGGACAAGACACCUCGCGAUGUCACGCGCACGGCGUUGGCGGCCGCAAACGGUGAGCAGGUUGUCGGCCUCGAGGCUGCCAGUCUACUGAACCAGAAUGCGCCUCUGGUGGAAAUUCUGUCACUGCUAUCGCUGGCUGCUGAAGAGCGCGUGCGGACACUUGUCGAAGACGCCUUCGCGCUCAGUCAAGGCCGCCAAAAUACCUCUCAUGGUCUCAUCCCGCCGAACCUUGUGGACAUUGCUGUUGUAGACAAAAAUGCCGAGCAAAAGAUGGCAGUCCCAACCAAUAUCCUCCGCACGCCGUGGGAAGCACCCGACAGCGCCACCAGUCCCACGGCGACGGCCAACAAAGGCAUGUCUCAUGUGCUCACGCUCAUACGCACAACACUGCUAACACGUCCAACCAGGAAUACCCAAUGCAACCCGGCUCCCUACACCCCCCACCGAACCGAUGAAGAGUAUGAGCGUGAGCGCCUUCGAAAACGUCAGAAGCGGGCACAGGGCACUGGAACAGGAGGCGGUACACCGGCCGAUACCCCGAUCGCACCUUUGCCCCUCCCCGAACCGCUCACGAAGAAAGCGCAAGCGGCAGCGAAGAAGCAGAAUCAGAGCGAUGCGGUCGUGUUUGGCAAGGCGAAUGAAACGGCGCAAAUGGCGAUUGGAGGCCGGAAGAAGAAGUAUGCGUGGAUGAGCGGGGGUGGAGGCGGGGGUGGAGGUCUGGGAUCCGGCGCCAAUACACCGAAGGCGGCGACGGCAACAGCCAACACAGCUGCAGGUAGUGGGACGGCGACACCAGCAGCACCCGCAACGGAUAAAGCGCUGCUAGCUAAGAAAAGGACGUUUGGAGCUGCGAUUGAGGAAACAGACAUUGGGGCCAAGAUCCAGGUUCGCGACUUCGUGCACGUCCUUGAGCUGGAUGGCCGGGAGAAGAAGAGUCUUUGCUUGAUUCUGGCGCGAAUGAAGAGCACAGACAAGGAUGAGAAGAAGGCGGAAUUGGAUAGGAGGUUGCCAAGUGCGGCUGGUACACCCGGUGCUCCAGCUGCUGUUAGCUAG